AUGUGCACAGCGAUACACACACCAACAGUAAUACUCAUUGAAGUUCACCGGAUGUGUUGAAAUGUAGGCUUCUUUCCCUCCGUAUCUGCUUUGAUCAGCGUCUGCAGUCUUGAGGGAAGUUUCACAAAGCCUGGACACAAACUCUUAGAUGGAGUGACAUUUGGAGCAGAAAUGGACAGCGUGGACAAGAGUCUGGGGAAGGUUUCAAUAGGAGUGCCGUCUAAGCCUUGUGCUUUCACAUUUGUGCCAGUGGUACAGAGCUUGCCAAUUAAAAACAGUGUCACUGUGGAGGAAGCGUCUACUGUUCUGUCACGGGAACCACAUAAGAACUUAACGGCGUCCCAUGAGGAGACAGGGGAGACCAUGUCGGAGGGGGAGGUUUUCAAAGCAGUCUUUAUCAAAGACUUUAGCGAGGGUGGAGAAGAAAACGUAAGGCAAACAGAGGGAAAACUUCAAUUAAUGCCUGCACUGGAUCAUGUGAGCCCAGCUAAGUCAUCUCCUUCAGUCAGCGCUCAGUCUGAAAAUACACCCAACACCGUAACUUCCCGGUCAGACUUGAUGGAGACAGCUGUGGAUAAACACGGGGGUAUUUCCCAGCGGCGGUGUCACAAUGCUCCAGGACGUGGUGGUGAGCCACACAAGAUUAAGUCCAGCUACAAAUCGCUCGCCGCUAUUCCCACAAACACCCUUCUGCUGGAUCAACAGGCAAUAGACGAGCAGAUUGAGAGAGGAGAAGGAGGUCCAUGCGACGGAUUAGAAGGAAGUGUUACAUCGCACAGUCUUGCAGCAGAUACCCAUGCUGAGCAGAUGUGCUCACCCGCUCAGCUCCGGCAGCAGUCUGAAGAACUCUAUGCAGUAAUUGAUGAGAUAUUAGGGAAAACCAUUCUGUCAGAGUCAUCACAGACCUCCAGGGCAUCGACUAUCAACACUGGUGUGCAGAGUAACUCCACAUUUCCAAGAUCCUGUGGGCGUGAAACUAAAUAUGCAUCUCUCUGCAGCUUGUCCCCAUCUACUAGUGUUGACAGGAAAGUAAGGGAUUUUAAAAAGACGAAGCCUGGGGUCAUUCGCCCAAAGACGGCCAUUCCAAGACUGACAGUGGAAAGUGAAGAAAAAAAUCACGGCAAUCCUUUCAGACCGUCUAGCAUCAAGCAGACACUACCAGACAACACAAAGGGGGUAUGUGCAAGUCUAGAAGAGAUACUGAAAGAUUUCACAGCACGUUCAAAAGGCCAAACGUUGAGUGCGGAGGGGAAGCCGGCUGCAUUCUCAGCAUGUGCCCUGCAGAUUACAGAGGCUGAAGAUCAGAUCAGUCACCCUUUUAAAGACGGAUCCCGGCUACUUCCUCCAACAUCUUUCACGCCUGCUGGGGGGAAAAUGGAAACCUUUGAGACUCACAUUUAAAGCAUUAAAACCAAAGCAUUAACCAAUCACCGUGCAUAUUAUAGAAAUAAGUAACACUUUAUAUCAAGGUAGACAUUUGCCAUUUACUAGUUGCUUAUUAUUGUACACAUUAGCAGCAUGUUUGCUUUUUAUUAUACACAUUAUACACACUUCAUAUAAGCCACUGCAGGUCAUUUGAGUGGAAAAAAAAAAAAACACACCCGGUAGUACAAGACAGGCAGAACAUCCAGUGCACACGUAUGUGGAGGUGCAAUCAUCUUCAAUCAAAUAAAUUGCCCUUUAUAGUUCCAACAAAUAGCACUGAAAAUAGCAGAAGCUGCAGCUGAAUUUUUACCCAAACAGUAGACAAGCUUUGUAACACUUUAUUAACUGUUAAAACAAAUCCUUAACCCUAAACCAUGCCUACAUUUAAAAGAAAAAAAAAAAAAAAAUAGGACUGAGGGUCCUGUAGUCCAAUGACAUAUUUAAAGACAUUGACAUUUGUUUGACCUUUCAAGGUCACACAAGGUCAAAGGUCAUGGCACUGAAUGAAAGCCCAUAUGUGACUUCUUAUUUAUUGCCAAUAGUAUUUAUAUCAAUAUCCUCAAGUGUUUUAAAGUUAUAGCACAUUGAAAUUUGUCCCAUUAUAAACCAAUGGGGAUUUUAAAAAUUUCAAAAAUUCAUAAAAAUUAAUCAAUAUUUCUCAGUUCUUUGAACAAAUUUGGUAGACCUUACCGCCAAAGAAACCUCUGCUAUGAAUUUCAAUUGAUUCUGGCAGACAGUUUUGGAGAAAGUUUCUAGAAAUCUGGACAUAGAUGAUCUUGAGUUUGACCUGUCAAGGUCAGCCAAGGUCAAAGGUCAUGGCACUGAAUGAAAGCCCAUAUGUGAGUUUGUAUCUAUUGCCAAUAGUAAUUAUAUCAAUAUCUUCAACUGUUUUGAAGUUAUAGUGCUUUGAAAUGUGUCCCAUUAUAAACCAAUGGGGAUUUUUAAAAUUUCAAAAAUUCAAAAAACAAUAUUUCUUAAUUCUUUGCACAAACUUGGUAGACUUUACCCUGAAGAUGUUCCACAUCAAAUAUCAAGUCCUUCUGACGGACUGUUUUGGAGAAGAAAAUCUAUUGGAACUACAGAGUUUCACAUAGAUUUACUGACAAAAUUAAAGUUUCAAAAAGUAAAAGAUGGCAGAAUUUGAUAAUGUACAGCUUCCUGUUUUAGCGCUCUCUCCUCUCAGCCCAUAUGAGGAGAACAUGAAUAAAUAUAGCUGACCAUGUCGAGUCCAGGUCGUGUCUGACAAAAUCUAAUCAACGAAACCUAAUUACCACUGUCAGUCAUAUAUUUAACCCUCAUCCAUGUCUGAAUAAGCCUGUGAUUAAACCAAAUCGGGGCGUCACUGGGUACAUUUUCUGCCUGAAAACACAGACAACAAGGACAUGGAGGAUUCUCACGUUCUCUCAGACCACUUCAAUGGCAGUUUUCUGAAUGGUAAUUAUGGACUUUUUGCCCAGUGAUGCUUAAAAAAACAUCAAGCACUUCAGUUUUAAACACGUGUACCUGAAUCUAUUUUCUACUGCAUAUAAUGAUACCGAUGCCUGUUACAGUUAUACUUCAUCUUAAAGUAAUUCCUCAUUUGUACCCCCUCUGGUACAGCGUGGGAUGCAUGAAAUGAUGGCAGACACAUUGAUUCUACAUGAUCUAAAAAUACAAAGCCAUUAUUGAUCACUUCCUCUCAAUAACCUCUAGAUUACUACUUAUUAAUAGCAAGUAAGGAAGCUGCUGUACAUGAAUUGUGAUUACACACUACCAUCUCCGAAGGGCUAUUCUGCACAAAUUAUACUAAGAGAAUAAUUCAUGUUCAACAAGUCUCUCAUUAAGCGGUAAUUAGGAGGUUAAUGUGGGGAAACUUAACGGCCUGGUAGCCGUAGAUGCUGAAUAUGUGCUCUAUAAUGGCUAAGAAGGAGGCAAUAUGCAACAAAUCUGUGGUAAUAAGCAACUAAUGUUGGAUUUAUGUAACACUAUAUUAAAUAUAUGCAAAAAAUGCAUUCUGCUUAGACACAAUAAGCAUUCAAGACCACAGCAAAGAGCAUGGUAAAGUAAUUGGACUUUAUCUGAGUUGAUGAGUGAAUGUGUUUUCAUUUUAACGUCUGCCUACAGCGACAGUGACAAUUUAAUUUGAUAUGGCAUCUGUGAAUGUGGCAAAACACUCGAGAGCUGAGUAAACAACUUCAGCUAACUGUGGUGUUUUUUUUUUUUUUAAAGUUAGAAAAUAGUUUAGAAAGAGGGAAAUUAUUUAAGGUAUUUUAAGUGUUGACAAGUGUAUUUGGUAUGUUUAUAAGGCAGCGUGAUAUAAAAUAAUGCUAGCUCGUAAAUGAAUCUAGCUAAAACUCUUUAUUUUGGGUUUUAUAUUCUUUUGUUGCUGUAUCCUAAUUCCUCUGUUAAUAAAGAAAAUUGCAGAGAAACAACA